UAAUGGAGUUGAGUGUAGGAGUUUGAAUUCCGGAGAGAGUUCCACACUGCAUCCCGAAUAUGUGGCAUUCUCUUCACGUGGGCUUCCCUUGCUGGAAGUCCGCACACCAACCAUGUGGCGAAAUCAGAUAUGGUGCGAGCAUAGAAGGCGUUCCCUGUUUUCAAUGUCAGGUCGAGGAGCUGGGACUUGGAAUCCUCAGAGAGGAUCCUGAUUGCCGCCCCUCGAGCAUCAAUCCUAGCAUCAUCGUCAGAGCUCAAGCUGUUGCUGUGGCGGACCACAACUGGGAGCUUGGGACCCAAUGUAGACUCCACCACACCGGAGAGUGGAGUUCACCGGAGCGAUUGAAAGUGCUCCAAGAAUGACAUUCUCUUGGAUAACAACACCGGGAAGGAU